GCCACUUUUUGAUCUCGGCAUCUUUGAGAUUUGGGUGGGAGAUGCGCUUGUCAGAGAGAGGGUCGACGCUGGGCCUCGCGUCUCCCGCGGUGGGCCAGACGUCUAACCUGUUUUAUUUUCAAGAAUGAUAGCUACAUUUGAGAAGUUGCUAUGGAGACAGUUACCUGGCCAAUGUGGUGAAUGCAAUGAGGGGAGGUUGGGGCGGAAAUGAAGUCAGGGCCACAAGACAACCAAAUGCAAACAAUGUGCGAAAACAAAUGGACCAACAACAGAAGUUAUAAACGGAGAAAAGGAAGCGUGAUAUAAGAAGACCUACAAUCGGCACAGGACAUACAGUGUGACUUGGAUAUGAAUCUGCUUUGCUGGGGUAGUGGGGACCUUGGCCAGACUGGCCAUGGCAGGCCAGGCGAAAUUGGUCCUGAGGAGGCCCAUCUGAGAGAGUUCACAAUGGCAAGGCUGGGCAGAGCGAAGCUACUGGCAUGUGGAUCCAGUCACUCCAUUGUGGUUACAGUGGACAACAAGAUCUUUGCAUGGGGGAAUGGCACCAGUGGACAGCUGGGUGACGGAGAGAAGGCAGUAAAGGACCAGCCAGUCGAGGUUAAGUUGCCACAGGAACUGAACGUUGAAGGAAGCAACGCAGCUGUGGAUGUGGUCAACAUUGUUGGCGUGGCCUGUGGAAGCAGACACUCCUUCAUAUGGACUGAAACUGGCCGGGCCUACAGUUUUGGGAACAACUUCUACGCCCAGCUAGGCUAUGACGUCCAGAGGCUUGACUUCAAAGACCACCAGCUGGCACCGCGUUUGUUCCAGAAUCUCCCAUCCUCUCUGAAAAUAUCUCAAGUGGCCUGCGGAGAGCGACACACUCUGUUUGCGCUGGAGGACGGCAGCGUGGCGGCAUGUGGGCAGAAUGAUUAUGGACAAAUUGGCAGUGGUUCUGAGGAAAAUAUGGUCAUCCCUCGCUUUGUGGAGGGUGUGGACCAUGUGUCGAAAGUCACCUGUGGGGCAAACCACAAUCUUGCACUGACAGGUGACGGCAGGUUGUUUCAGUGGGGAUGUGGACGGGCAUGUGGGAACAGAAAAAGGAACAUCCUUUCCCCAGAGGAAGUGACGCCACCAAGCUCGCCAGUGAGAGACAUUGCUGGAGGAUGUUGGCAUAGCCUGCUUCUAACAGAUGGUGGGAAUGUCUUCUCCUGGGGGAUGGGGCAAGAGGGACAGCUUGGACUUGGAGAGGACGGGAUUCAUAUCUCCACUCCUUGUCUUCUCAGCUAUUCUCAGCUUGCUGAGGUCACACAGAUACAAGCAGGGGACAGCUACAGUGCAGCCAUCACAGCAGGUGGAGAGCUGGUUCUCUGGGGUCAGAUCCCCUGUGUGUCCUGGGUCAUUGAUCAUCCAGGCCUCAAAAAGCUCUGGACCCCACAGCCUGUUCCACUGGCAGGCAGAAAGGUGUGUGAUUUGGCCUGUGGUACCUGGCAUAUGAUGGCCCUCACCACAACAAGCAGAGAGAAGAACACUGAAUGUGCUCACUCAGAAACUGAAGCUCGCUUCAGAGACCUUGUCAGUGAUCCCAUGCCGACAGAGCACACCGAGAAAGAAAACACAGUGCAAGACUCCAGGCAGGUUCAACACAAGCUGCUUCACGGUCUGGAGAGGCCAGAGGGCUGUGAGGAGCACGAGAAGGAUGAAGAAAGUGAGAGUGCAGAGGAAGAAGAAAGACUAAACAAAGAGGAGGGAGAUGGAGCGUUACACGAUUCAGCAUUUGCCAUUGCCAGGUCUGCAACGGGGAUGGACAGGAGAGGAAAUGGCCACUCAUCAAUCAUAUCCAACCAAGGGGAUGAGAGGGAGAGUUGCAGGACAGCUGCAUCGUGGGAGCUAAGGAAAGAACCAUGCAGAAGCAGAGGAAGCAGAGAUGUUGUAUUCACCACUUUGCAUCUGUUACCCAGGUCAGAAGGAGAGCAAUGCAGGCCCACUGCCAGCAGCUUACCCCGGCUACUCACAGGACAUCAAGCUCAUAGCAGGGUUUUAGAUGAGGUUCGGAUGGUGAGAUCUACACAUCUGACUGAAUUGGUCCACAGAUCUGGAAGUGACAGCAGCAUUUUGCAGAGUCCCAGGCUCAGACCCAACCCCACCCCUCCUGGGAGAUAUACAGGUCGUGGUGGCUCUUUUCACCGUUCAAGAAUUAGACCACACACUGGCCUCAAGUGUCCCAUUGACAAUUCUUCACCCAGUCUGAGCCCUGGGCAGCAAGCUCAGAUGUCCCCCCUCCCUUCCACCCGGGACCACGAGUCAUAACCUCUCUAUCGCCAACUCCUUCCUCUUCUGAACUAUUCAGGUACUCUCCUACACACAGAAGGGCUAUCUAUCUUCCCUUGGCACUUCUCGGAAGAAUCUAUAAGAAUUCACAGAUCCAGUUCUCUCCAACAGUAGAAUUUAUCUGAUGUUUUAAUGUUUGAUGUUUGAAGAUGUGUAUUUCCCCUUUUCUGUCAGGUUAUGUGAAUUAAUUGAAAAGCAAAAUAUGUUCAUCAUUUAGCCACCUAGAUAAUACACAGCUCAUCCAUAAAGUCAUCAGCAUCAAAAGCAUUUUUACCCAAUAGCCUUGAGAAAUGACUGGCUAUGGAGAGAAAAUGUGCACUCUAUUAUCUACUUGAUAAUGCUUUGCUGUGCACCACAUACAAAGUUAAACACUUUUGGCUCCAAGGUGACUGACAAACAGCCUCUUUUACUUUGUAAGAGCUCUCUAAAACAGAGAAACUCCAGAUCAGCAUUAAUGGGCUCCACUUUACCCCACACUGUGAUUUGGCAAAUAUACUCCUCUUACAAACCAUCUCAGUCAACAUCACUCCUGAACCUUGACCUCAUCUUCAUCAGCAUUAGACUUUGGUCUUCCAGUCGAAGUCGUGUGUAGGAGCUGCAUAGUCCCUGAAUCAGCACAUUUCAACAGAACUUGAGAGGGUUUUUUACCCUAUGUACUACUGCGUACUACUGAGACUCAUUUCUUUUUAAUACUUACAGUAUGUUGUUUAUUAAAGACAAAACACCCUCUCAGAUCUUGGUCUCUUGUAAGACAUUUCACGGUGGAGUGUUUUCAUGGCUGCCUCUGCAGUAUGAGUCACAUGUGCAUGCUACUAUGGCUCUUUUGAGUGUGAGUGAAAAUUGAGUUGCUUCCAGAGAUAAUACUAUAUGAUGAGGCUUCUCAAAGACGUAGGAUUAUUACAGCUUCUUUUGAGUUUGCUCUGGGUUUUUUAAUGUUUUUUAGUGAGAUGUCCUCCGUGCACACUGGAUGCAAACUGGUCCUGUGCCACAGUGCAGACCACAACUACAUGGUCAUUCCUAUUGUCAUGAUUUCCAUAUAAGUGGAGCAUGUGAUUUUUAUAUUUACAUUAUAUACAGUGCGUUCAACAAAAUGGACCUUUUGUCGAUAACUUGGCACUGUGUAACACAUUGGCAGUGUUCGGUUAGAGACAACACUCCACGUGCCAAGUGAAAGUAAAAUGAUUUCUUAGUAAUAGUACUUUUUAAUACCAAAUAAGGCAGUAAUACUUAAUAUGUUAUCACUUUAAGCACAGAUUUUACAAUAUGAAUCAUGGUAGAACAUUCUCAAUCAGUGUGUGUAAGUUAUGAGUCAUGUUUAAAUAUUGAAUGAAUAUGCUGUUAUUUCUGUUUUCUUGCAUCACAGUCGUCAGUUCACUUGGACUUCAAAAAUGCAUAUGGACAUCAAGACUAUUCAUUACCUUGGUCCCAGUGUUUAAAGGUAAAAAAUGUAACUAAUGUUGAUAUUGCAAACUUUAGCAAAGUUAUUUAAAAGGGUAUUGAAUUUCUGCUCCAGGAAAGUGAUGAGAUAAAAAAACAAACGUGCUUUUGAAUUGAGUCUCAGAUUUGCUUUUGUGAUUAUCAAACCCAAUACUGACUACACACAGGCAUGCAAUACUAAUGGCAUUGAGACAUCCGCCCUCAUCCCACCCCAUCGCCUCCUACACUCCCUAUGGUUUGUUUUGGUGUGUGUGAGUAAGUGUUGGUCGUGUGUAUCACGUCUUUGCCCUGCAAGACUCCUGCCAAUCGAUUCAAGGUGAGACCUGUCGAUUAAACACCCUGAGCCAUGCUCUCUACCUAACCCCAGGGCGAUUCAAUCCCACCCCUUACACACACAUGCACACAGCCGUACACAAACACACGCACGCAUACACACCCACCUCACCUGUCAUCCAUCAAUAUCUCCAUCUGGACCUGUAUUGAUCCCCUCCAUCCAUCCUCUUCACCCCAUGCAGUGCAACAUCAGGGCCAAGACGAUGUCCGUGCAGGUUUAAUUUCUGACAGAUUUACAAUAAAGCUCAAGUUAUUAUUUAACUCUUCCGGCCGCAGUGUGCUCUUUGAUUUAGCACCCUGGGAGAGGAUGAGUUACAGCUGACACGGAGAAUCUGCCGGGGCUGGAAUGGUAGGCACCCUGUUCAUAACUCAGCCGCCGAAUGUGUAGUUAGUCAAUCACUUGAUCUGUAAUCACAAAUGCUGCCAGAAAUUACAUGAGUGAUGAGCUGUAAUAAAAGCACUUACUUUUCCUG